UCGCCGUGAUCUCGACAGCAGCACCCGACAACUUCGGUUUUAUUCGAUCUCUUUCUACCGUGGCUGCUAACAUAGAAGGUGUCCAUUAAGGCGUCUUCUUUAUCCAGUCAAGAUGGGUUUCGUUAAAGUUGUCAAGAACAAGCAAUACUUCAAGCGUUUCCAAGUUAAAUACAAGAGACGUCGUGAAGGUAAAACUGAUUACUAUGCACGUAAACGCUUGACUGUCCAAGACAAAAGCAAGUACAAUACUCCAAAAUACAGAUUAAUUGUACGUUUGUCAAACAAGGACAUUACAUGCCAAAUUGCAUACUCAAGAAUUGAAGGUGAUAGAAUUGUAUGUGCUGCAUACAGUCAUGAACUUCCAAAGUAUGGUGUUAAAGUUGGUUUGACCAAUUAUGCUGCUGCUUACUGCACUGGUCUUCUUCUUGCUCGCAGACUUCUCAAGCAAUUGAAGUUGGACACAUUGUACACUGGUACAACUGAAGUUGAUGGUGAUGAAUACAAUGUUGAAGAAAACGACAGUGGUCCAGGUGCAUUCAGAUGUUAUUUGGAUACUGGUCUUAUGCGUACCACAACUGGUGCACGUAUUUUCGGUGCAAUGAAAGGAGCUGUUGAUGGUGGUCUUAACAUUCCACACAGCACCAAACGUUUCCCAGGAUAUGACAGUGAAUCAAAAUCAUUCAAUGCUGAUGUUCAUCGUCAACAUAUCUUUGCUCAACACAUUGCCAACUACAUGAAGACUCUUGAAGAAAAUGAACCAGAAAAUUUCCAACGUCAAUUUUCUCAAUACAUCAAAAAUGGCAUUACUGCUGAUGGUGUUGAAGCCAUGUACAAAAAAGCACAUGAAGCUAUUCGUGCUGAUCCAGAUCGUGCUGAAAUUGUUAAAUCAAAGGAACCAGUCAAGAAACGUUGGAACCGCGCUAAACUUUCAUUAUCUGAGCGUAAAAAUCGUGUUGCCCAGAAAAAGGCAUCAUUCCUCAAGAAAUUGGAAGAGACCGAAGCUUAAUAAGCCGGUCGUAAUAAUUAAAAAUUAUAUUUUUGUACCUUUUAUUGUUCACGUCAAUGAUAAUAUAGUAUUAUUUUACAUAAUUCAAAUUGUAACGACGUGAACCAUGGUACGAAAAAUUAAACAAUAAAGUUGACGUUUAUUCUAACGAUUAAACUAAUGAACAAAGAGUUGAAUAUUUAUCAAAGAAAAAAAAAAAAACAUUACCCUGUGUACCUUUUAUUUAUUUUUUUAGUUUCUAGGAUCAAAAAAUACACCAAAGAGCUUUAAUUAGUUCCAGAUGAUGGCUGUGAAUAAAUGAUUGUUUUUUUUUACUAUCGUUAUUUAAAUAAAACAAUAAAUAUUUUAUAAAAAAAAUUUAA